GUAUAUACUAGAGGUUGAAACUAAUGCAGGGUACCCCCAAAAAUGGAAUAGCAAUUUUCAGCAAAAAUGACAGUUGCUAUUAAAACAUAAAUUAAAUCUCUUAAAUUGUAUGUGACCCCCUAUUUCCUUGCAGGUAGAUUAGAUGUGAAGUGCCACACUUUUUAUUGCUGUACUUCCUGGGUGUGUUGAUACGCUGCUUAUAUCAGUUUUAUUAGUAAACGUUAACAUUAUCGGCAAUAGGAAUUGAUUUGGUAUAUUAGAACCUGUACGACUUAGCAGCUAUUAAUUUUUUCUCUUUUUUUGAGGAAAACUUGGCAUUCAUGGAAAAUUAUCAGUGUUUUUCACAAUAAACUAAUGUGGCUUGAGAAAGGUAAAGUAUUAUUGUAUGUACGAAGUAUUGUUUUUAUUAUAUUUAAAUUGUUUGCUUAUCGUAUCGAAACGAUAUAACGCCAGGGUAUUCUUCGUUAGAUCAAAGCAGAGUAUUUCUCCUGAGAAAUAUUUUCCCUGUCUUGAGUGACCGCUUGGGUAAUAAAUAAGUAAUAUAAGGAAUAGUAACUGAGCUAAGAUUCCAAACUAAACAUUCAACGUCACAAUGGGUUCAGUUGUGUUUACGCCAUUGUACAGCUGCUUAUACAACUACAUGCAUACAUAUUAAUUAAUCACAUACAUAUAACAAGAAAUACAUUUUGGUUUUAGUCAGUUGUGUGGCAACUCCUAAACUAAGCUAGUGAGUGUGUAAACACAGAAUGGAAAAUACUCGAGUUCUGUGGCUUUAUAUCAUACUCUUGUGUCAUUACCACUGGUUCUUUGAAGAAAUAGAUGGACUGGUAAAUUUGGCCUUGAAAAAACCAGCAAUCCAGAGUUCUACAUUCUUGAAUUUGACCGCAUCUCUGGCUACCGAUGGCUUAAUUGGUACACGUAGCACAAAAAACGAGUGCUCGCACACGGGCGUUUAUCAUCGUAAUCCCAACCCGUGGUGGGAGGUUGAUCUGGGGGGCGUACACACCAUCAACAGAGUGAGCGUUCUCAACAGGGCUUACUUUGCGGAAAGACUAAGAGAUAUCAACAUCACUGUGAUUUCUCAAGACAAAACCGUGACCACAGAAUGUGCUUUCUAUCAGGGGAGUGUGGCGGCUGCUGCCUGGGCAACGGUGACAUGUCAUCCUGGAACCUCUGGAAGAUUUGUCCGAAUUCAGAUAUAUAAUGAGGCUUACCGUGAUGUUUUAACUCUUUGUGAAGUUGUCGUAGAGGGACUGUCGCCAUGUGAUGCAUUUUAUUUCAGGAAACAUCCGGGUCAAAGGCUGAAUUCACAACUGGUGGAGGAGAUUCAGUCUAACAAACCUAUGGAUUGCGGGAAAGCUUGCUUUUUGACGACCAUGUGUUUUGCCUACAACUACAACAGCGACACGUCUGCCUGUCAGCUGCUGAAGAUCGGUGACCCCUGCGACACGACAGUGUCAGAUCCUGGAUGGGACUUUUACAGCAAUUGUCUCAAUUAGAACAACACGACCAUAGAAUUUGUAAACUGUGAAGUUACGAUACUCUUACAACGAUUGUCUCAACUAGAAUAAAACGACCGUAGAGUUUGUAAACUGUUAAAUUACGAUAUUUUACAGCGAGUGUCUCAACUAGAACAACACGACCACAGAGUUUUGUAAACUGUUAAGCUAUGAUACUUUUACAGCGAUUGACUCAACUAGAACAACACGACCACAGAGUUUUGUAAACUGUUAAGCUAUGAUACUUUUACAGCGAUUUACAUUUUUAAACUAUGAAAUUAUGAUACUUUUACAAAAAUUGUCCAACCUUUAGAACAUGGACAUAGAUUUUUAAACUAUGAAAUUAUGAUAUUUUUACAAAAAUUGUCCCACCUUUAGAAUAUGGACAUAGAAUUUUAAAAUUAAACAACACGACCAUGUUUAAACUGUAAACGUUGGAUAAAGCAAUUGUUCCAACCGACCAUAACAUUUAAAAUUUUUAAAAACGGGACCAUAGAGUUUUUAAACUGUAAAGUUACGCUAUUUUUGCAGAAAUUACCUAAACAAUCAGGCCACAGAUUUUUAUAAACUGUGAAAUUAUGAUUUUUUUUAACGGCAAUUGUCUCAACUAUACAACACGACCAUAAAAGUUUAAUACUAAAUAACACAAUUAUUUUUUACAUGUGAAAUUAUGAUGCUUUUACAACAAUAGUUAUUGUCUCAGCUGUGCAACACGACCAUAAAUUGUUUUACCAUACCGUCACAGAAAUUGUCACAGCUAUAGAACACAAUAAUGGAAUUUUAAAGUGUGAAGUUUACCAUACCUUCACAGAAACUGUCAAAGCUAUAGAAAACGAUAAUGUAAUAUUAAUGUGUGAAGUUACAGUCUUUUACUGCAAUUAUCUCAAGCAGAACAACACUAUAAUUACGGGAUAACCCUAUUGUGUUUUCGGAUUUGCCGACGUAGAUCGGUGAUUUUAUUGUCGCAGUUGAGUUUUAUUGGCGACGCGUUAGUAAAAGUAAAAGUUUAUUUUUGUUUAGCGACACCACUAGAGUACAUUGAUUAAUUAAUCAUCAGCUAUUGGAUGUUAAACAUUUGGUAACUCCGACA